GAGAUAUCGUCAAGUCAAGAAGAAUGCUCAACAGAUCCUUGGGAAACCACCUGAAACAUUAUGGAUCCAGAAAAUUCCCCUUACUAAUUUGUUUACUUAUACCUUUGUUUGGUGUUUGGGUUUGUUUAUUCUAUUAGAGAUGUUUACUGUCAAAUGGAGGCCCGCGUGGCAAACUUGAUUUCCAUUGACGUACCACUCGUUGGCGUAAACAAGAAAUUUGGCACAAGUCUACUGUCUGCUCCUCCGAUUUUGCAUCAGAGCCCCCAAAAACUAGUUUAUCUCGAUCACGCUCCCCACUCGUGAUGAUAUCACUAAGUCCGCAACGCUUUCUGAUAUAAAAGCCCCUCUAUCGGUUCGAAAGCCAACACACUAAAGUUCGAAGGCCUAGCAGUCGAUACCUAAUCAGUGAUUUUCAAAAAUAUUUUCCCCAAAGUGCAUAAACAAAUGUGUCAAUGAAGACACCGGACACCAAAGCCAAGUUGCUGAAUAAUAUAAGUCUAUCUAAACACCUGUCUUCCAAGAAAGGCGGCUCUCGCACUAGUAACUGCGGCAAUUGUCUGGAAUUCUCCGUACUCACGCGUCUCUCCAGCGUGCCCUGAAUCCCCCUGUGGUCCAAGCUCACCCAAGCUCCUGUUGAAACUUGAAAGAAAUCAUUGACAAUGGUUCACCAAACUCGCACACCCAGCAAGGCCAUUCCCGCCAAGCACCUGAGUCCCAUGCGGACCGUGGAGGGUCUGGGCGGAAAGUACGCCGUUUCGAGCAGUCCGGCGGAUAGUUUCCUGCGGAACACCAGGCUCACGGCUCAGAGCAGCUCCCAGCAGUCGGCCGCCUUCAAAUACAAUCAGAUGGUCACCCACAAUCGGGAGCAGUUCAAUAACCUGCACUUCUGCUAGGAGACGGAUAGGGAUGUGGAUGCACGUCGUCGCUGGAGAGACCGCAUUGGAGGAGGGAUAUACCACUACUCGUACGAUGACGAUUGCUUGUCACCAUACUUAAAUGCAAUAAAUUCAAUUUGAAC